AUGGACAAUCGCCACAAAGAGGUCGCUGAGCCUUACGAUCUGACAUUCAAAUGGAUUCUUGAGGACCAGUUUCUGCCCAUCAUCACAAAUGACGAAGGUCAUAAGGAAGAUCUCCAGGCACUUCACCAAGCUACCAGGACUCAGUUCAUCUCAUGGCUACGCAGUGGCGGUGGGAUCUUCUGGAUCAGUGGGAAGGCUGGCUCGGGGAAGUCCACACUCAUGAAGUCGAUUCGUCAGGCGUCGGAGACUCGUCAACAUCUUUCUUCUUGGGCAGGUGAACAUGACCUAUUCAUCGGCCAUUUUUAUUUCUAUGAUCGUGGAGGGACGCUCGAGAAAAGCCAAGUAGGACUCUUCCGGCACCUUCUUCAUCAGGUUUUCACCCAGUACCCUCAUUUGAUGGCAGAUGCCUUCAAACCGCAAUGGCAACGACUUCGAAAAACUUGCCGAGCUUUGUUAGCCAAAGAACGUUCGUUUUCCGCAAGCCUCAUGGCUAACUACCAAUUUUCCCUGACAGAAUUGCUUGAAGCUCUUCGAAAUGUCAUGUCAAAGACCAUUGGCAAAAUACGAAUGUGUAUCUUUAUUGAUGGGCUUGAUGAAUUCGCCGGAACCGACAGAGAGGUGAUUCAGCUCAUGACUCAACUUACGAGCGCUUAUGCCAUGUCUUCUGAAUGGCAUAAACUAUGCGUAUCAAGCAGGCCUCACGCGGCAUUCGCAGCGGCAUUCAAGAAACUACCAGGCCUUAAGAUGCAGGACUUGACCAAAAAUGACAUAUAUCAUUAUGUCUACAGCCAGCUGACCUCACAUGACUUUCUUGCGGAAAGCUUGGAUACGGACUACAACAUUCGUUUCGAAGCGGUUGUUGAAAGUGUGGUCACACAAGCACGAGGGGUCUUCCUGUGGGUUCGUCUUGCUGUCAAGUCUCUUCUGGAUGGACUAGAUCAGUUCGAUUGGAUACAUGAACUGGAAGAGCGAGUUAAGGCUCUACCUCCGGAACUCGAUUCAUUUUAUGAUCGUAUGGUGCGAAUGAUUGACCAUAGGUACCAUCGUCAGGCUGCUCGUAUAUUCCGAAUCAUGUUAGAGAGUCACGAUCCACCUCAGCCGGUGAUCCUGUCUUUCCUAGAAAAUGAUGAUGACGAAAUAUUUCGUCAUCCCAAAGAAGCAUUUUCACUAAGUGCGUUAAAUGCUCGAAGUCGAUAUAUGGAACAACGGCUUAAAAGCAGAUUUGGAGGCCUCAUUGAGAUCACUGACCGCCACAGCUCUGGAGGCAAUUGGAUCCAGGCCAGCACACAAUUCUUCCACCAAACUGUUCGCGAGUAUUUUCAGCGGCCAGAGCCCUGGAAAGUGCUGUUGGAUGGCAUCACUGUUUCUCCGUACAACAUGGAACAGUUCUACGCGACAUUCCACCAUUUUACUAAACUUGCAUACCUUGGGUUUUCGGAUGUGAGGAUGGCAACACUCGGAGACAUAAGUCUAGGAAGUCCUACUUUGGCCCCCUCAGGCGUACAUAAGCAGCAAAGAAUGGCGCCGGCUCCUGAGACCCUUUUUAGAGAUCUCGAAAGGCGCAAGCUUGCGGAGGACCAACUCUUAGUAUUCGAAGCAGAGAAAACACAUCAGUCGACUCGUCUCAAGAAACGCCCAGCAAAUUUGUCCAUUGAAGGCCGUUAUCAGUAG